AUGAACACUCCAAGAAGACAGUCCUGCCAUUUAAUCAUUUCUAAUCUGUGGAUAAUCCAGCUCCUUUUGCAUGCAUCUGUGUGUUCAGGGUUCUCCAGUGUGCUACCAUUUUCACGGUUACAGCAGCUGCCAUCGAGUCGCCCAGUCCACACAACGCAUUCAUCAUUACCGCCAUGGCACAUUGAUGCCGCCCUGGAUGCUCUACGAUCUCAAAGCCAACUUCCCAUUUUUGAUGUUUUGAGACAAGCGCGGGAAAGCCUGAAAGAUCCACAGAAUCUGUUGCUGCAAGCACCUCCAGGAGCCGGCAAAACUACCGUUUUGCCACUGGACCUGUUGGCGGCAGCCUCCCAAUGGGAUACGACGGAAGACGAACUGCCACAAAUUAUCGUGGUGGAACCAAGACGAGUUGCCACACGAUCUGCUGCCCAGCGAAUGGCUUCUAUUCUCCAACAAUCCACAGGGCAAACGGUGGGAUACGCCUUUCGCGGAGAAGCCAAGCUUUCCAAAGGUACACAAGUGAUUGUGAUCACGGACGGGGUACUGUUGAAUCGAAUGCGUCAAGACCCAUCACUGGCGGGUAUUCGGUCUAUCAUCUUUGACGAGUUUCAUGAACGAGGAGUUGGGUCUGAUACUGCCUUGGCUCUUGCAGUGGAAAUCCAGCGAUCUCUUCGCCCAGAUCUUCGGUUGGUUGUCAUGUCAGCAACGUUGUUUGAUGACGAUAAUAGCGAUGCAAAAGACAAACUGGUCAGAGCCUUGGGUGGACGCGAAAACUGCAAAGUUCUCAUCAGUAAGGGAAGGCAGUACCCUAUCAAAGUGGAAUGGGCCCGAAAAGGAUACGCACCAUUGGCGCUGCUCAUGAAAAGCCGCAAUGAUUUGGUGUCCACAAUGUGUCAAGCUAUUGAAGAGGCACUUCAUCUCGCUCCCAACAAGGGAGAUAUCCUUGUAUUUCUACCAGGGGCUCGCGAAAUUGAGCGGGUUGUAGAAGAUCUCACAUCACGCCGCGUCGACGCGGAGGUGCUCCCACUUUACGGGAGUUUGCCCAAAGACAAGCAGGACUACGCGCUAUAUGCCUCCUUUGCUUCGAAAAGGCGCGUGAUUGUGUCUAGCCCCAUUGCAGAAGCAUCCUUAACGCUGGAGCGAGUCACUUGCGUCGUAGAUUCUGGGCUAAGACGGGAACCACGGUGUGAUACCGACACGGGGAUGCCACGCUUGGUGACAACCCGCUGUUCCAAAGCAUCCGCACGGCAACGAGCAGGUCGAGCAGGACGGACUCAAGAAGGGCUUUGUCUUCGAAUAUACGCUGAAUCCGAGUUUGAAAAUCAAUUCGCAGAUCACUCGCCACCCGAGAUUAUGAGUACGGACCUGGUGCCAACACUACUGUUCCUUUCGGAUUGGGGUUGCCUGAGUCCGGCCGAAAUCUACGAUGAGGUGGUGUUUGUGGAUGCACCCGAAGGCCCCGCAUUGAAGAGAGCGUAUGAUACGCUGAUUGCCUUGAAGGCACUGGAGGAAACGGAUGAUGAUCGAUACAGCUUUACAGAGCUAGGGCGAUCACUUGUUCAACUGCCUACCCACCCGCGCCUAGCGACUGCCAUUACACUCGCAGCGGAUGCUCGUGAGAAAUUAGCUGCUGCCGUGAUAUCUUCCGCGUUUUUGGAUGAAGACAGCAGCGGAUUUCGCACAAGGGAACCAAACCUGGCGCCACGCAUUCGAGCAGUUUUGGAAAGUUCACGGCAGUCAUUCCAGGUGAAGAGCAUUCUACAAUAUGCAAGUCGAAUCAGCAAGGAGGCAGUAGAGUCGAUUCAAUACUAUUUAGACGAUCCAACAAAUAUUCCGGAGGUUCUGGACCGAAGCAACGAGUCAUUGCCACGAGAAGAAAUGUCGAUGGGCAAGAUGAAGGGCCGCAAGACGUCGUGUGGUAAAAUCAGUGAGCGAUUCGAGAACUUGACCAGUGGAGCGAUGCCCUGCAAUCUCUAG